AUGCACAGCUACAGUGACGUAACAUCCGGCGGGGCUGUUGGCGGGCAGAAGGGGGAGAAGGGGUCGAUUGUUAGCGACGUGUUUCGGGCUAUUGUACGGUUCCACAUCAAACAUCUUUUGUGCUACCAUAUUGCUGCUUGUUGUCUGCACACGGUUAUUUUACUGCGUUGGAAAGCAGGCCUGCCGUUUGCUUGCACAAGUGCAACAGAGGUUUCUCUACAGAGAACACAAGGGCGAGACGGCCGCUUGCUACGCCUGCGUGCAUGUUUUGUGGAAAACACCGUUACGUUGCAGUUCGCUCGGCAAAAUGUGGUUUCUAAUGGUCAGACUCGUGCAGAGAACAUGGUGGACGGUGUUUUUGUUCUUGUUCGAGCUAUGAAAACUAUUUUAGCGACAGAACCGAAACAUGUGGAUUUGCGGGUGAGGGAGCACGUGAAUGCAGCUGCACACGCGCGAGAGAGUGUGAUCUUCUCAGACAUCAAACUGGCGACCGUAGCAGCAAAGAAGGGCAAGAAGCCCGAGGAGGAAGAGGAGCAGCCAGCAGUGGCAGCAGCACCGGCACCAGCUGCUCCACCAGCUGCUCCACCAGCUGCAGCUACACCUGCAGCUGCGCCUGCGGCUGCUGCAGAAGAAGAGGAGGAGGAAGAGUAUGUGGUGGAGAAAGUCCUUGAUCGCCGUUUGGUUAAGGGCAAAGUAGAGUUUCUGCUGAAAUGGAAAGGAUUCUCAGAUGAGGACAAUACAUGGGAGCCAGAGGAGAACUUGGACUGUCCAGACCUUAUUGCAGAGUACAUGCAAAAGCACAGGGAGAAGGAGGAGAAAAAGAAGGAGAGUAAAAGGAAAGGAGCCAGCGAGACCUCAGGAGAGUCCGAGGAGCGAGCAAGCAAGAAAAGGAAGGAGGAGGGUGAAAAGGCCAGAGGUUUUGGGAGAGGACUGCUGCCUGAGAGGAUUAUUGGAGCCACUGAUUCUAGUGGAGAGCUGAUGUUCCUGAUGAAGUGGAAGAACUCUGACGAGGCAGAUCUUGUUCCUGCCAAGGAGGCCAACGUCAAGUGUCCUCAGGUGGUGAUUUCUUUUUACGAGGAGCGCCUCACAUGGCAUUCCUACCCCACAGAAGAGGAGGAGAAGAAGGAGGAAGACAAAAAAGACUAGCGUGUGGUGGAAAGUGGACAUGCAGGGCAGUAAACCAACUACAAACCACGUUUAAUGACACUGACAUCAGGUUUAGCUGCAGCAGUGUGAGGAGGCCAGCUGUGUAGCUGACUCACUGAAUGUUGGUUUUCCUGCCAUGCGUUGUACGUUCCUAAAGGUUCCUACCCGUGUGCUAAUUACAGAUGUUCAUUAUGUUCUUCAGGCAUCUUGACCACCUGAGUUUAGUUUUCUCCUGUCAAAUUAUGUGUUUACCCUCAUCUUACAUGCAUUCUCCCUGCCAAACAAGGAGCCUGGUCACUGGUUUAGCCUGAAGAGUGGGCGGGGCUACUGCUGUCUGUGCAGCUAGUCUGUGGGGAAUUUCUGCUGAAGAGUAAGAUGUAUUAAUACGAAAGAGAAUGAAAACGCUUUCUUUCGUCAUUCUAGAGGUUCCUUUAUUUUACAACCCCUGCCGCGAGCAAUGCCGAGCGUUUUGUUGUGGAGCGGAGCUCGUCAGCUGUUGGACAUCCACCUCCCUCCAGCCGGUGGGAGGUGGAUGUUUCCACUGAAGACAAGAGUGAACAUCAGGGUUUGCUAACAUUGCAUCAUUUUUUAUAUUGCAGCCAUCCGGCACACUCGGUCCCUGGUGUUUUAAGGCCGUGUGGCUUUAGCCUCCAUCCCAGGGCAACAGAAUGGUGUUUGUUUUCUUGUGGUUUUACCAUGUUACACACACACACACACACACACACACACACACGAUGGAAGCUUUAAAUCCAGUCUAGUGACUUCUAUCUUUAGUGAUUCCCUGAUGGUUCUCUUCCUAAUGUUUGCAAAUGUUGUGUUAACUGUAGUCCAGCCAUGCAUUUCUACACACACACACACACGUAUAUAUACUGUAAAACGUAGAGGCAGUAGCCUUUUCUUUUAGCAGACUUGGUUAGAUCGGGCGUGGUGAGGGCAUUCUGUUUGUUGUUAUUGAAUUUUCAUUUUUGCCUUUACUUGUGAAUGCUUUGUAAACUCCUAGCACACGUGCUUCUAGUCGUUUUCUAACAACUCUGUUUGAGAUCAGGUCCAGCUGACCAGUCGGGGUGAAAUGUGUCCCAGUUUGAGUCGAUCCAAACGCCAGUUCAUUUCUUUAGCCUAUUAGGAUUAUUAGUGUUUUUCACAGGGACUAAUCAGAUGCAGAUGAGCUAGCUCCAGUCUGGUGUUUUGCUUAGCUUUUUAUGUUGUAUCCUCUACUUUUAGCUAGUUAGCUUUUAUCCGUCUGCUGCAUGUUAGUUCAUCUACUCUUAGGUGUCUGAUCUGAAAAAUAAAUGUUUUUGGAUUCAUAGCAAA